AUGAACGCGCUCUUUGGCUUCCUCUCGUCACCGCUUAAAAAGCAGCCCGAAAUACCAACAACCGCCACAAUGCCAGUUUCCGCUUCACAGCAGUCGCGAACUUCUUCGCCUAGAAAUCAUCGAAUCCCCAAACGCGCAUCAAACCAAUUUUCAGAAUCGGAAGGUCGCAGCCCUACUCUGUCGCGACUCCCCUCAGCAAAACAUGCACUCAUUGGUUAUUACUCGACUAACUUUGCAUUGCGACAAAAGCUCUCACGACGUAGCAACGUUUCUUCUAUAACAUCUGUACACGAUACCACUGGCGACAUCUCUAUCACCAGCACAAGACGCGAGACCAUCGCUACAAUGCCCCCUCCUACCAAAACACCAAAGCGAAAAUCCAUGGGUGGUGUACAAUCGUCAUCUGUCCCCAGACGAACCACCGCGUCUCAACGCGUCUCAUCCUCCCCACGACCACGACCGACUAAAAGGCAGCCGUCCGUCGAGCUUGGCGAGGAUUCAAUGAUGAGCGCUUUCAGCCGCUCUCCGGCCGUCUCAAGCAAGACACGCAGUACCAAGAACUCCCCUGCCACGUCUGUUAGAAGUACACGAACCAGCGCCGCGAAUUCCCCUGCGACAUCCACCACCAAAAAGGGAGUGACUAUGAAGCCUAACUUUAUGGCGGUUAGCAGUCCUCUCGCGGCGAGCGACGUUGCUUCUUCGCGCCCUUCUCCCCGAGCUCAACCAAGAUCUAGACGAUCGCAAGUUGUCGUCGAGGUAGAGGAGUCUGAGGAGGAAGAGUAUGAAGAAGAACAUCAGGCACCCGAGGUGCAGGAGGAACACGAAGAGAACCUAGAGGAAGAAGAGCCUGAAAACGAGAUCCAGGAAGACAUCGAAGAAGACAUCGUGCCAGAAGAGGAAGAAGAGGAAGAGAAAGAGAAAGAGAAAGAGAAAGAGAAAGAGGAAGAUGGAGACGAUGACGAAGAGCACGCAUUCGAGCAAAUCAUGGAUUAUCGCUGGGUUGGUGAUAAGAUUGAACUUCGCGUUAAGUGGGCGGACGGCGAGCGCACCUGGUCCCCCGAAGAGGUUUUCCAUGAAGACAGCCCCGACGCCCUCUUUGACUUUUGGCGUAAGCGUCCUGGUGGCCGACCCGACAACCCCGAGAACCCAGGCACGUAUUUAGUCUUUGCCAUCCGCAAGCACAGAACCUACCGUCAUAAGAAUCAGGUAUUUGUGGAGUGGUUGGGUUACCCCGAGUCCGAGGGUACCUGGGAGAACCAAGACUACAUUGAACAGGUUGCAACGGACCAUUUCGACGAUUAUAUGGACAAGCUUAAGGAAGCUGGUAAGGUGAAGCUCCCAGCCAAGGGCAGGACUGCUGAACCACUCAAGAAAAAGGGCACUGCAAAGCCUGUCGGUAAGGGUAGAGGUAGACCCAAGGGUUCAACAAAGUCAACCUUGAACAAGACUCAAGGAAAGUCGCGAGUCACGAAACGCUAG